GACCCAUAUGUCAAUUUGGGAAAUAAACUGCAACAUUGUUUCGCGGCCCGGUAGAAUGUAGCGAGCAUCGAUCGGUUCACUGACUAGGAGCACUCUCACUCCGUGCUUACACGAGGACACAACUUUACUCUCACGCUUGGCACCAUGCGCCUACUGGCAACCAUCGUCGCUUCCCUAGCGCUGGCGGGACUCGUAGCAAGAGUCUCUGCCCAAGACCAGUCCUUCAGACAGCAGCCCGAGUCGGUCGCGGUCCGGCUGGGAGAGACCGUGACGCUGACGUGUGCAAUCGACAACGUGGCCGGCGUCGUACAGUGGACGAAGGACAACUUCGCCCUGGGUUCGGACCGCGCCUUGCCGGGGUACCCGCGUCACACCAUCACCGGGGACCUGAACAGGGGGGAGUACAACCUUCUCAUACAGGACGUCCUGCUGGAGGAUGACGGCAAGUACCAGUGCCAGGCCAGCCCCACCGAGACGCAGGGAGGAAUCCGCUCAGAGGAUGCCGAGCUCACCAUCUACCUUCCCCCUGACGAUCCAGUGAUAGAAGAGGGAGCCUCUGUGUCGGUCAUCGCUGGGAAGCCGAAGAACGUCACCUGUCGGGCAAACAACGGCAAGCCUGCUGCAACCCUCACCUGGUGGAAGGAUGGCCAGGAGAUCACCGAAGGUAUCACAUACAUCACCGAGGAUGCUGGUGAGAAGAGGGAGAAUGGUGUCAGUGUCCUGACCUUGAACCCGUCGGUGGACGACCACGGGAAGGUCCUGACUUGUCGGUCCACCAACCCGGCCAUGGACAGCAACAAGGAGACCACCACACAGCUGAACGUGGAACACACGCCCGUGGUUGUUGUGCAGUCCAACCCGCCGCUGGUGGAGGAGGGGAGCUCCGUCAGCCUGUCGUGUGAGUCCAGGGCGAACCCUGGAGAGGUACGGUCCUCAUCUGGUUCCAGAAAUGACGUCUCCUAUCAGUGGAAGAAGGACGGUGUGGUCUUGGCAGGUGAGACCGGCCAGGUGCUGAGACUGACUAACGUGCGCAGAGAGGACAACAUGCAGGUGUUCACCUGCGAUGCUACCAACGCAGUGGGCACCAACAGUGCCAACCUCACACUCAGUGUGCAAUAUGGGCCAGAAAUCGUGAAGACGACAGGACAGGUGAUCGUGGACAGGGGGACCUCGGCAGCGCUGGUGUGCAAGUGGAGCGGAAACCCUUCCCCCACCAUCAUGUGGACCAAGAAGGGCUCCUCCUCGGUACUGGGUACAGGAGACACGCUCAGCUUCCCCAUCGUGGACCAGAGCCACUCCGGCACCUACGUGUGCACCGCGGUGGUGCCUGGGUCAGGCGAGGACUCCAGGGAGGUGGUGCUGGUCGUCAACGGCCCACCAAUAAUCUCCAGUUUCGAAGUGCAGUACGCUUCCAGCGGCGCCGAGGGGCAGAUCGAGUGCUUGUCCUCCAACAGCCCCCCUCCCUCCCGCAUGGCAUGGACAUGGAAUGGCGUUAUGCUGGACUCGGGCACGGAGGGCCGCUUCACCGCGGAGCAACGGGACGUGCAUGGGGGCAGGCUAAGCGUGCUCACCAUCUCGAAAGUGCAGGCCAGCGAUUUUGCGGAGUAUAACUGCACGGUGUGGAACAGACUAGGGUUGAUGUCCAAGAUUAUAACCCUGAGACAGAAAGAGCCACUCCCCCUAGCAGCUAUAGUGGGAGGUGCAGUUGCAGGUCUGGUGCUGAUCCUGGUGAUUGUCCUGCUGGUCUUUGUGUUCUGUCACAGGCGGAGAAAGAAGCAAGGUGCCAGCAAUGAGUCCAUUACACGCUUGGAAGUCCGAGCAGAUGGGCAGGAGACCCCGCCCAAGGAGAAGGUUGAGAUCAUCCACAGGGACCACGAAGCAGCCAAGGACAAGGUUCCCCCUCCCCCUCCCCAGAGAAAGUACUAUAUCACAGCUGACUACGACGACAGGGACUACUCCUCAAAGACCAGCCUUGGUGCACCUCCCCCAUGGACGCCCCCUGGUGGAACCUACCAGGACUACAAGAACGGAAACCUGUACAGCAACCCCUACAACAACUACUCCAGCUACCCCGCAGUCAGCGAGCACUCCUACGAGCGCGCCAGCAUAGCUUCCCGCGCCUCACGAGCAUCAGAGGCAGCCAAAAAACCUAGAAUGAUGACGCAUGUAUAGAAACGUUGUGGGUGGGGGGAUAUGCGUAUUUUGAUUUAGUGCGAUAGAAAACAAGGAAACGACAAAAACAUACAUACAUAAAAUGCCUGGUCAUGGUAGUGUUUCGUUCAUCAGUUAGACUGUAGAUAUAUAAUGGAGUAGCUAAAAAUCAAAUUUCUGCCAA